UUUAUUUUGAAUAUAUUUUGAUUAAAAUUUAUAAUAAAUUAAUUAUUUAAUUGUAGAUAAUAAUUAAUAACGUUUGUAUAAUAUACCAAGCAAUAGUUUCAAAUUUAAUACUAAAAAUUUUAGUUUUAGUUAUAAAACAGUAUCAUAAACUAAAAGAUAUGAAAUUUUAAAUUCUAUUACUUUUAUUUACAUGGAUUGUUAUGGUAUUUUCAGAUCAGGAUUUAAGCGGUUAAAACGUUAACUGUAUUGUAAAUGAAGAAUGUUCAGAUAAUGCAAACAGCUGUGGUAUGGCUGGUGUUCCAAAUAAUUGGACAAUAGAUAAAAUUAAUGGUUUAUGCAAAGUUAAAGAUUGCACACAACUGUAAAAUUCUAAUGUUAGUAUAUCUAACUCUGCCUGUAAAUCCUGCAAUACUGAUUAAGGCAACUAAUAAUAAAACAAUGGAAACAUAUUCUCAAAUUCUGCAGGAAGCAAUUGUGUUAAUAUAAAUUGUGCUUAAUUAGCUUUUGAUGGAAAAAUGAAUGAUAAGUCAUGUGAAACUUGUGUUGGCUUAGGUUCUAAAGUUAAUUAUGAUAAGUCUACAUGCAUUCUACCAAAUUCUAUUUUGAAUUCUAAAAUAAUUCAAGUAACUGCUUCCUUUUUAGCAUAUCUACUUUACAUUUGAAACAUUCAAAAUAUGUGUGCUUUUUAUUUAGUUUUUGAUGUCAAAAAAAUCUGUAUUUUAAUAAAUAUUGUAAAUACUAACUAAUUUAUC